AUGUUAGCAACAACUUUACCAAACUCUUUAGUUAUGAACCCAACUUCAAUGUUAGUAGAUACGUCAAAAACUAUUCCAGAUUCGUUUGAUUUCGAAACAACAAUCCAGAAGAUAAAGCAAGAACUUCUCCAAGGAGAUUUAGAUUGCACUGCAAAAGAUGAAACAAAUGAACAAUAUCUUUAUGAAAUGCAGGAUAUUAUUGACCAUCUACCUAAACUUCCUGAAAUACAACAACAAAAGCUUACAAUUCCUGAAUUUGAAGAAAUUGAAGUCAGACCAACCGACUCAGUUGAAAUUAAGAAGUUCAUACGUAAAGUUAACUAUGAGUUCCUUGGAUUUCAUUGCAACCACAAAGUCAUGGACAAAGACUGCGAUAUGGUAUAUAAGAACAUAUCUGACUUAUACAAAUCUGAAGAAUUCAAAACAUAUGACAAUUUUGUUACGUUAGUAGCUAAAUGUGUUUGGGAAAUAAGAAAUAAAGACAAAAGAAAUAAGGUAUGGAACGAACAAAUUAGACCUGCAUGUUUUGAAUUUAAGAGGACCAUUGACGCUAUAGUUGUACUUGCAGGACAAAUUUCAAUGUACAAUGCUAAAAUGAACCCACAAUGUUCUAAAUGUAAAGCAGCAAUUAGAGGUUACACAUAUGCCCUCAAGGAAAUAGAGCGUAUGCGAAACGACUAUGCUGACUUAAAGAAAGAGAUAGAGAAACCAGCAGAAAACAAAAUGAACAUAUUGGCAUUUCUAAACAAAAACUAUCCAACAGCUGACGAUUUCCUUCUUUCAGAUGUCAAGAAGAAAUAUAAAGAUACAUUCAAUAUUGUGAAAACUUUUGACAUACUGACAGAGGAAAUCGAAGCCACAAAAUUGUUUAGAAUUUCACGAAUUCACAAUGUUUACCAUGUAAAACGCUUAUAA